UGUUCCUCUCCGUCGAGGGUAUAAGGAAAAUAAAUCCAUGUUACAGUGUCGUCAGUGUUUUCGUCUACACGAAAUGGCCAGCUUUCGGUGAAGCGUAACAUAAUUUCAGUGCUAGCUGGUGCAUCGUGAAUGUGCAUUGUGACAUGUGUACCAGAAAGUUCGAAAUUUCGUAAAUUGAAAUAGAAACCCGUUUAUUCGUUGACCCACUUCUACUAAAUGGGUGUGUGAAAUGGCAGUGAAAAUAGAGUGAAUCAUUUUUUCAGUUCAGUUUUUCGAUUCGAAGAAUCCGUCACCGGCUCAAAGUGGUGCUUGCUGAGGUUUCUCCUGACCGCUUCUUCGUGGGGUCCUUCGGUAACCUACAGGAGCUCCUGGCUGUGGGCAUGUUACUGGUUUCGUAUGGGAAGCUAAUCCGUUAGUGUUACAAAUCGGAUCGCCGAAUCCCUAAACUGCAGGAAGAAGCAGAGCACCACGAUUCAGCACCGUUCAGCAUUUAUUGCCAUUUAUCGAUUUGGUGUGUUAAAUAGCGUUUGUCGCCUGUCCGUCUGGUUGCGAAUCGUUCACAUUACUUCGUUUCCGCGAAACGUGACAGAAACGGUAGUUUCUGUAACGACAGCGCCGUCGAACCUGAACCAGGAAGCUCACUUUCUUGGCACACGCUUUAGAAUUGAAAGCUCGUGCAAGAGAGAAGGCACGACUGUAACGCGAAGGUACUGACCACCGGGAGGCAAAGUUGUCCAGGAAAGCCGUAAAAUAGACCUACCGUUGGAAGGAGGAAGGAGAAGGAUCGGCCAACAUUCAUCGCUGCAACUGUCGUGCACCCAACAGUGCAGCGGACGGAGGCAGGAACGAUGUCGUCUAAAAACAUACCCGCUGAUAAGAUAAACCUGAGGCUAAUACUCGUCAGUGGCAAGACGAAAGAAUUCCUCUUCAGUCAGACGGACUCGGCCGGUGAUAUAGCACUCACAGUAUUCGAAAACUGGCCCGAUGAUUGGGAGGCGGAAGCGGUGGCGAAGGCGGAAAUCUUAAGACUCAUCUACCAGGGGCGCUUUCUGCACUGCAACGUGACGUUAGGGGCGCUGGGGCUACCGUUAGGCAAAACGACCGUGAUGCAUCUGGUGCCGCGUGAUAAUCUACCCGAGCCAAACUCCCAGGACCAGCGACAGAAAAGUAAAGGCGGUUCCAGUAGAUGCUGUUCCACGAGCUGCUGUAUACUGUAACCACGCUGCAGCACGCCGGCGAUGUGUUGUACGGUGGUGGCAGCAGGUGGCAGCAGAAGGAGCGGCAGGAGGACGAGAAAGAGCAACCGGAGCAGGACGAGGUGUGCAGUACGCCGCGCAGAGAGCUACUGAACGGAUGAUGGCCAACGACGGCAAGGAUGCUGCGGCGGUGCACAAACGGUUCCAGAGCCCGAGAAGUGCCGCUGACGUGUUGUGUAGCGGACCGCAGAACCGAGCUCACGCAAGCUGCUGGGGGUCGGCGAAGACGUGUCUGGAGUGUGCCCGAGAUCACGCCUGAGAUCAUCGCAACAACCGGAACAACAGCAACGUGCGUGUGCGACAACGGUGCGCGUGAGAAGACGGAUGCGAGAACGUUGUCAUCUCCUAUGGAGUGUGUCCUAAGUAAUUGUGCAUGGAUGUGUGCGUGCGCGAGUGGGCGGUCGGGCGCAAGUAGGUUGUUUUUAGUCGGAGCGCCACACAAACGGACCCGCAUACACACCGACACACACACACACACAUGUACAGCUGCAUCCACGGUUCAUCAGCACACACGCGAGCAUAUGAGCGAACUUCUAAAUGCCAAUACCGUCGUGAAAGAGUCUCUGUCCCCGGCGAAAAGCCGUCGACGCCGACGCCUCGAACUGCUGCCACACACCGACGACACUCGAUGAGAAGAUAUGUUGCUUCAGUGGGAGAGAAACGCGCGCGCGUGUGUGUAUUAUUAGGGGAGAAAAUGCGAAUUUCGGUAAACGUUACAGUAGUAGUAGUAGUAGUCGAUAUGUUUAGUGUUAGGGAUAAUAUACGUUUUUUUGUCUUUCGG